CAUUUGGGCAACACAGGUCACAUGCACUUUGUGAUAAGGUGUACAGCACAUGCUGGCUUUAGUAUUGCACCAUCCCUCAUCUGCACCUGUGCUCCUGCAAUACUUCUACAACACAUUUCAUCUCCUACAGUAGGGGUCCUUCACUCCUCUUGGCUGAGAAGCAUCUCUCGCAUCAAUGGAUUUGCGUAAACCGGGUUGGAGUAUCUGUGCAGUGUUUUGUUUUGCUCUUAUUGUCACCAACCUGUCUGUCUGUGAAAUAACCUGGGAGGUCCCCCGGUUCGACGGCUGGUACAACAGUCUGGGGUAUCCGAAACGCGGAGCCGUGGGCUCUCACCUUAUGCGCCUCGUGCCCGCGCAUUACUGGGACGGAGUCUACCAGCCGGUCCACGACCCGCUGCUGCCGAACCCACGGACCCUGAGCCGCAUGCUGAGUGACGGACCCUCUGGCCUGCCCUCCACACGGAACCAGACCGUGCUGUCCUUGUUUUUUGGUUAUCACGUUACUUUUGAAAUAUUUGAUUCAAGAAAUCCUGGAUGCCCACCUGAGUUCAUGAACAUCCUAGUUCCUAAAGGGGACCCUGUCUUUGACCCCGCUGCCACUGGCCAAGUCCUGCUGCCCUUCCAGAGAGGACCAUGGGACAAAGAGUCUGGACAGAGUCCCAGUAACCCUCGCACACAGGUCAAUUUGGUGACAGCAUGGAUAGAUGGCAGCUCCAUCUAUGGCCCCUCCGCUUCCUGGUCUGACUCUUUGAGAAGCUUUAGUGGAGGCCUUUUGACCUCAGGCUCUGAAUGGAACAUGCCAAAUCAGGAAAAAGGGCACAGUUUCAUGUGGAGCGCCGCUGACCCGUCUACAGGAGAACACGGACCUCAGGGCCUCUAUGAGUUGGGAAAUGCAUGGGCCAAUGAGAACAUGUUCACAGCAGCAGAGGGGAUCAUCUGGUUUCGCUACCACAAUUAUAUAGCCUCCAAACUGCAUGAGGAACACCCUGAGUGGUCUGACGAAAAGCUGUUUCAAAAUGCCAGGAAGACUGUUGUGGCCACAUUUCAGAAUAUUGCUGUCUACGAGUGGCUGCCUGGAUAUCUAGUAGACAAAAGGCUCAGUCCUUAUCCAGGUUAUCAGAAGUUUGUGGACCCUGGCAUCUCUCCUGAGUUUGAGGUUGCUGCCAUAAGAUUUGGUAUCACUAUGGCCCCACCUGGUGUUUACAUGAGAAACAGAACAUGUCAUUUUCGGGAGGUUCUGAACAGAGAUGGGAGCUCAUCACCAGGAAUGCGUCUUUGUAACAGCUUUUGGAAUCGUCAGAAUGUGAAUGUGAAGACAGGCCAGGAUAUAGAUGAGCUCAUCAUGGGCAUGAGUUCCCAAAUUGCAGAGAGAGAAGAUAAUGUUGUUGUGGAGGACCUACGAGAUUACAUGUAUGGACCUCUAAGGCUCACCCGGACUGAUCUUGUAGCCCUGACCAUCCAGAGAGGACGAGAUUUUGGUCUGCGUAGCUACACUGAUGUUAGGAAAGCUUUGGAUCUGCCUUCGGUAAAUACAUUUGGAGACGUAAAUCCUGAGCUCAAUCGCACCAACCCACAGUUGUUCCGUGAUAUUGCAGAACUGUAUAACGGAGACAUCUCGAAACUGGAGCUCUUCCCUGGGGGCCUGCUGGAGUGUGCUGAUGGUCCAGGUCCAGUUUUCUCAGCUAUAAUCUUGGAUCAGUUUGAACGCAUCCGAAACGGGGACCGCUUCUGGUUUGAGAACAAACAAAAUGGUUUAUUCACAGAUGAGGAGAUCCAGAUAAUCCGUAAUGUGACAUUUCAUGACGUCAUUGUUGCAGUAACAAGUGCAGAGGCUGCAGAUAUACAAGAACAAGUGUUUUUCUGGAAGGAUGGUGACCCUUGUCCACAGCCCACACAACUGAAAGCAUCAGUCCUCCAUCCGUGCACUAAUGCUACCAAACUUAAUUACUUUGAUGGAAGCAAAGCUGGCUUUGGGAUAUUUAUCAUUGUUCUCUUCCUCUUUCCUGUUGUGAGUUUUCUGGUGGCCUGUAUGGUGGCAUAUUUUAACAAGUACAGGUACAGGAAGUUCCAGAGGAGACGAAAGGCUGCUGACAAGACAGAGGAGCCUGCAGUGGGAGUUCCAGCAUAUGAGUGGCAGGGUAAUAAAAAACAUCUGCAUCCUGUAUGUGUGGACGUGGAUGAGAAGAGGAGGCUGCAGGUCUUUGACAGGUCUGGACCCGCUCUGCGCUGCCUCAAUAUAGGAAACCAGGACCACCUCGAUGUCCUUCUGUCCAAUGACUGUCACCGCAAAGUUCUGCUGCUUAAAGUACCCAAAGAGUAUGAUCUGGUGCUGUUUUUUGAUGAUGAGAGCAAACGUGCUGCAUUUGUCAACCAUCUCAGUCCAGAGGGGUUGGACAUGGGACAGGAGAUUAGAGUGAAGGAGCUGAGAGAGAAGGAGCUGCUCAAGGAGGCUUUAACCAAAGAGCAGAGGGCUCAGAUUGUGGAAACUUUCAUUCGACAUGCUUUCUCUAAGGUUUUGGAAAUAGAGAAGUGUGACGCUGGGGACAUGAGUGGCAUUUCCCACAAGAAAGCCAGAGAGGUUCUGCAGUGUGAGCUGACUGCAUCAGAGUUUGCUGAUGCCCUGGGCCUCAAACAUGACUCUUUAUUUGUAGACUCCAUGUUUACAUUAGCUGAUAAAGAUGGAAACGGUUACCUUUCCUUCCAAGAGUUUCUUGAUGUGAUGGUUAUCUUUAUGAAAGGGUCUCCAGAGGAAAAAUCCAGGCUGAUGUUUACAAUGAAUGACAUCGGUGGAAAUGGUUACUUAUCAACAGAUGAAUUUUCCAGAAUGCUCAGGUCUUUCAUUGAAAUCUCUAACGGUGCUCUGUCAAAGAGCCAGGCAGAUGAUGGCAUCAAAGCGAUGAUGCAGGCCGGAGGCUUCGAUGAAAAGGAGAAAAUCACAUGGGAGGACUUCCAUUUCCUCCUGCGGGAUCAUGAGAAAGACCUGCAGUUUGCUCAACUCAAUGUUAAAGGGAUGGAAAAACAUGGGAAAAAACGCUUUAGUCGAGAUCAGAGAGUGUCCUUCAUCUGUCCAGGAAACAGCAGUCAAAAGAGUGAUGGACAGGAGAUUCGCAGACGAAAAAUGUUACAUAUCAAAACUCCAAAUGUCUACGUGAAGCCUAAACGUGAACAGUACAUAAGAAACCCAGUCCAGCAGAAGGUCCAACAAUUCAAGCGCUUCAUUGAGAACUACCGCCGUCACAUCGUCUGCUUCCUCAUUGUAUACGGCAUUGCAGCUGGAGUGGCACUAGAGAGAUGUUACUACUAUGGUUUGCAGGCCGAGACUUCAGGGGUCCCUGAGACGUCCGCGGUGGGCAUCAUUGUAUCCCGUGGCUCUGCGGCUGCCAUCUCCUUUCUGUUUCCCUACAUGCUCCUCACUGUGUGUCGCAACCUCAUCACCCUCUGCAGAGAAACCUUCCUCAACCGUUACAUCCCUUUUGACGCCGCCAUCGACUUUCACCGCUUUAUGGCCAUGACUGCCAUCAUCCUCUCAGUUGUUCAUAGUUUGGGACAUGUGGUCAACAUCUACAUCUUCUCCAUCAGUGACCUCAGCAUCUUGUCUUGUCUCUUUCCUAAAGUCUUCUCCAACAAUGGGUCUGAACUUCCUCUGAAGUGGUCGUUUUGGUUCUUCCAGACUGUUCCAGGAAUGACUGGCGUGCUGCUGCUCUUUGUAUUUUCAUUUAUGUAUGUUUUUGCCUCGCACUAUUUCCGCCGCAUCAGUUUCCGUGCAUUCUGGAUUACGCAUUACCUCUACGUUGUUGUGUAUAUUCUAACAGUUGUUCAUGGUAGUUUUGCUCUGCUCCAAGAGCCCCGUUUCUACAUCUACCUUAUUCCCCCUGCUCUGCUCUUCCUUCUGGACAAACUAAUCAGCUUGAGCAGGAAGAAAGUGGAGAUCCCUGUGGUCAGAGCUGAGCUGCUGCCUUCAGGUGUGACACAUCUGGAGUUCAAAAGACCACAAGGCUUUGUGUAUCGUUCAGGCCAGUGGGUUCGCAUAGCGUGUCUGAUGUUAGGCACGGAUGAGUACCACCCAUUCACACUGACGUCAGCUCCUCACGAAGAGACCCUCAGCCUGCACAUCCGAGCCGUGGGGCCCUGGACCAGCCAACUCCGAGAGCUCUACACUGAAGAAAACCUGCUUGAGUUUGGAUCCUAUCCAAAGUUGUACUUAGAUGGCCCGUUUGGUGAAGGCCAUCAGGAGUGGAUCGACUUUGAGGUGUCUGUCCUGGUGGGAGGAGGAAUUGGAGUCACCCCAUUCGCUUCCAUCCUUAAAGACCUGGUGUUCAAGUCCUCCAUCAGGUCCAAGAUUCAGUGUAAAAAGGUGUACUUCAUCUGGGUGACACGAACGCAGCGUCAGUUUGAGUGGGUUUCAGACAUCAUCAGGGAGGUGGAGGAGAUGGACACUCAGGAGCUGGUCUCGGUUCACACGUACAUCACUCAAGUGGCCGAGAAGUUCGACCUCCGCACCACCAUGCUGUAUGUGUGUGAGCGUCAUUUUCAGAAGGUGUGGAACCGCAGUCUCUUCACUGGCCUGCGGUCCGUCACCCACUUUGGCCGUCCUCCUUUCGUGUCCUUUUUCAGCUCGCUGCAGGAGGUUCACCCUGAGGUGGGUAAAGUUGGUGUGUUCAGCUGUGGACCACCUGGACUGACGAAGAAUGUGGAGAAAGCUUGUCAGCAGAUGAACAAGAGGGACCAGGCCCACUUUAUACACCACUAUGAGAACUUUUAACCUGUUAAGAGGGAACAACAAGACGCUUUAUGUUAGAUGAAAUAAACUUACUGCAGCAUCUAGUUAAUAUUUUUGCACAAUCACAGAGCCAAGCAAGAAAUAUUUGAUUUUUUGUCAGAGUAGGAUAUGAAAGAUUAAAUGGAUCUUCUUUGUGUCAUUAGUUGUUGAUCAUAAAAGGAACUUUUUAUUUCAUGGGUUUACAAAUCAUUGCAUCAUAUCAAAUGAGUGUUUUAUUUCCUUGUUGUUUACCUGCUGUUUUUUAAGUCAUGUUUAGGGAGUUCAUUCUCAUAGUUCGCAAGUAUAUAUUUUUUUUAUUUUAAAGUAUGAUUGAUUCAGUGUGUGAGCUUAUUAUUUUUUAUAUAUAGCACUCCUGUUUCAAAACCAGAAAUAUGAUGAAGUGCAACACAGGUUUGGACCUGUGGGGUUUUGUGCAGAGAACGUUAUCUAAAUUCUGCUGUCGGCUCCUUCUGUUUCCAACUGGGAAUGAAGCUGUCGGACUAAAAUUACACUUGAAUUAACUUAAACUCCAAUUUAAUUUGUUGGUUGACUGAUAAACAGAAUGGCUCCACCACCCAGAAGAAGAAAACCGAUUAGAAAUGUUGAUAUUGCACAGGGAGCCAAGUUAUGUUUUUCGGUGCUGUAUGUUUUAGUUACAUUCAUUUUUCAAUUAAAUGCAAUUCCCUGCAAUAAAUGUGUGUAAUUUAUUUUACAUACAUCUGUGUGAUAUUUGCACAACACAGUGAAUUGUGCCUGCCUAAAUGCUAUCUUGCAGCAAGGCCAGAAAAGGCUGCACUAAUUUGUUUGCUGAUCAAAUACAUUUAAGAUAAUGUAAGGAGGAGUAUGCAGAACUUUAAUGAUUAUGUCACUAUUACAGUUUGCUUAGUGGAAUUUUUUAAGUCAAAUAAAAGCAACAUGCUUCCUUAA